AUGGCGGCGGCGGGAACUGGCUCUACCCCGGGGGCUGGUGCUGGAACCGGCCCUGCGGCGGCUACAAAUGCAGCGGAAGAGGGAGAGACGAAGCCAGUGGUAGCGGUAGCAGCCACUCCAGCCGGAGAGGGAACUUCUGCUGCUCCAGCAACGGAGCCCAGUUCCGGAGAGGCCGAAAGUGGGGAUGCAAACUUGGUUGAUGGAAGUGGUGGUUUGGAGACAGAAUCCUCAAACGGAAAAGAUACGAUAGAAGGUGCUGGGGAUACUUCAGAAGCGAUGGAUACCCAGGCAGGCUCAGUGGAUGAAGAGAAUGGCCGGCAGUUGGGAGAAGUGGAGCUGCAGUGUGGCAUAUGUACAAAAUGGUUCACAGCAGACACCUUUGGCAUAGAUACCUCAUCCUGUCUGCCUUUCAUGACCAACUACAGCUUUCACUGCAAUGUGUGCCAUCAUAGUGGAAAUACCUAUUUCCUCCGCAAGCAAGCAAACUUGAAGGAAAUGUGCCUUAGUGCUUUGGCCAACCUCACAUGGCAGUCCCGAACACAGGAUGAGCAUCCGAAAACUAUGUUCUCCAAAGAUAAGGAUAUUAUACCAUUUAUUGAUAAAUACUGGGAGUGCAUGACGACCAGACAGAGACCUGGGAAGAUGACGUGGCCAAAUAACAUUGUCAAAACGAUGAGUAAAGAAAGAGAUGUAUUUUUGGUAAAGGAACACCCUGAUCCUGGGAGUAAAGACCCAGAAGAAGAUUAUCCCAAAUUUGGACUUCUGGAUCAGGAUCUUAGUAACAUUGGUCCUGCUUAUGAUAACCAAAAACAGAGCAGUGCUGUGUCUACUGGUGGGACUCUCAAUGGAGGAAUUGCAGCAGGAAGCAGUGGAAAAGGAAGAGGAGCAAAGCGCAAACAGCAGGAUGGAGGGACCACAGGGACUACCAAGAAAGCUCGGAGUGACCCUUUGUUUUCUGCUCAGCGCCUUCCCCCUCAUGGCUACCCCUUGGAACAUCCGUUUAACAAAGAUGGCUAUCGGUAUAUUCUAGCUGAGCCUGAUCCUCACGCCCCUGACCCUGAGAAGCUUGAACUUGAUUGUUGGGCAGGAAAACCUAUUCCUGGAGAUCUCUACAGGGCCUGCCUGUAUGAACGAGUUUUGUUAGCCUUACAUGAUCGAGCUCCUCAGCUGAAGAUUUCUGAUGACCGGCUGACUGUGGUUGGAGAGAAGGGCUAUUCUAUGGUCCGAGCCUCUCAUGGAGUACGAAAAGGUGCCUGGUAUUUUGAAAUCACUGUGGAUGAGAUGCCUCCAGACACUGCUGCUAGACUGGGUUGGUCCCAACCCUUAGGUAACCUCCAAGCUCCCUUAGGUUAUGAUAAAUUUAGCUAUUCUUGGCGAAGCAAAAAAGGAACAAAAUUCCACCAGUCUAUUGGAAAACACUACUCUUCUGGCUAUGGACAAGGGGACAUCCUGGGAUUCUAUAUCAAUCUUCCUGAAGACACAGAGACAGCCAAGUCACUUCCUGAUACUUACAAAGACAAGGCUUUGAUAAAGUUCAAAAGUUACUUGUAUUUUGAAGAAAAAGAUUUUGUGGAUAAAGCAGAGAAGAGCCUAAAGCAGACUCCCCAUAGUGAGAUAAUAUUUUAUAAAAAUGGUGUUAAUCAAGGUGUGGCUUACAAAGAUAUUUUUGAGGGAGUUUACUUUCCAGCCAUCUCGCUGUACAAGAGUUGCACGGUUUCCAUUAACUUUGGACCAUGCUUCAAAUAUCCUCCAAAGGAUCUCACUUACCGUCCUAUGAGUGACAUGGGCUGGGGCGCUGUGGUAGAACAUACUCUAGCUGAUGUCUUGUAUCAUGUGGAAACAGAAGUGGAUGGGAGGCGGAGUCCCCCAUGGGAACCCUGA